AUGUCUUAUUUACACGUUGAGGACGAGGUUCCUGACGCUGAGAACGAGGUUCCUGACGCUGAGGACGAGGUUCCUGACGCUGAGGACGAGGUUCCUGACGCUGAGGACGAGGUUUCUGACGCUGAGGACGAGGUUCCUUACGUUGAGGACGAGGUUCCUUACGCUGAGGACGAGGUUCCUUACGCUGAGGACGAGGUUGCUUACGCUGAGGACGAGGUUCCUGACGCUGAGGACGAGGUUUCUGACGCUGAGGACGAGGUUCCUGACGCUGAGGACGAGGUUCCUGACGCUGAGGACGAG